ACCCACUAGUAAAUAACAAGACACACUAAUAAUUUAAGUUAAAAAAACAUAAACGCGUCUAUAAAAUUUCCUCUCUGCACUUGAGGAAGAAGACAGUGUUUGAGAGAGAAACAAAAUCUCUGUUAUUUUCCAUAUACAUGAAUUUUCAGAUUUGGAGUUUGAUUCAGUAAGUGUUGCUUCUUCUGAAUCAACCAAACCAUCACUCUCUCUGAUUCACCAAAACAAAACAAAAAAUGGUAAAUCCUCGUUUUCCUAUCUCCAGGAUCCGACCCUUCAGCUUCCCCUUCACACUCAUCGCUCUCUGCAUUUUCCUCACUCUCUCGUUUCUUUUCACUGCCCAUUCUUAUUCCUCUCAUCAACAGCAUAACUUGGAUUCUGAUGGUGGUUCUGUGCAUGGAUUUGAAUCGAUAAGGAGAUCUGUUUUAGCGUUGAAAACGGAUCCCCUUAAGCCUCGGUUGGAUCAGAUCCGAAAGCAAGCCGAUGAUCAUAAGUCUUUGGCUCUUACGUAUGCUUCUUAUGCACGAAAGCUCAAGCUUGAGAGUUCGAAGCUCGUUAGGAUUUUUGCGGAACUAUCACGAAACUUCUCGGAUUUGAUGAGCAAGCCUCAAUAUAGGACUCUUUUCAGCAAUGAUGCGAUCCCGAUUGAUGAAUCGGUAGUUCGUCAAUUGGAGAAGGAAGUGAAGGAGCGGAUUAAAACCACGCGCCAGGUGAUUGGUGAAGCCAAGGAGUCGUUUGAUAACCAACUGAAGAUUCAGAAGUUGAAGGAUACUAUUUUUGCUGUUAACGAGCAGUUAACGAAAUCAAAGAAGCAGGGUGCUUUCUCGAGUUUGAUUGCUGCCAAGUCCAUUCCGAAGAGUUUGCAUUGUCUAACAAUGAGACUGAUGGAAGAGCGGAUUGCUCAUCCGGAAAAGUAUACAGAUGAAGGGAAGCCUACUCCUCCUGAAGUUGAAGAUCCUAAUCUUUACCACUACGCGUUGUUCUCGGACAACGUUGUGGCUGCAUCUGUUGUGGUUAAUUCAGCGACAAAGAACGCGAAGGAACCAUGGAAACACGUGUUUCAUGUUGUGACUGACAAGAUGAAUCUUGGAGCUAUGCAAGUGAUGUUCAAGUUAAAAGAUUACAACGGCGCACACGUUGAAGUUAAGGCAGUUGAGGAUUACAAAUUCCUGAAUUCUUCUUACGUGCCGGUCCUUCGACAGCUCGAGUCUGCUAACCUACAGAGGUUUUACUUUGAAAACAAGCUCGAGAAUGCUACAAAGGACACAACAAAUAUGAAGUUCAGGAAUCCAAAGUAUUUAUCGAUAUUGAACCAUUUGAGAUUCUACUUGCCGGAAAUGUAUCCGAAGUUGCAUAAAGUGUUAUUUUUGGACGAUGACAUAGUAGUUCAGAAGGACCUUACUGGUUUAUGGAAGAUUGACAUGGAUGGCAAGGUGAAUGGAGCUGUAGAAACAUGUUUCGGGUCAUUCCAUAGAUAUGCACAGUACAUGAAUUUCUCGCAUCCUUUGAUCAAAGCUCGAUUUAAUCCAAAGACUUGUGCAUGGGCUUAUGGAAUGAAUUUCUUCGAUUUGGAUGCUUGGAGAAGGGAAAAAUGCACAGAAGAGUAUCAUUACUGGCAAAAUCUGAACGAGAACCGGACACUAUGGAAACUAGGGACAUUACCACCCGGGCUAAUCACAUAUUACUCAACAACGAAACCGCUAGAUAAAUCAUGGCAUGUUUUGGGACUUGGUUAUAACCCAAGCAUCAGCAUGGAUGAGAUUAACAAUGCAGCUGUGGUGCAUUUCAAUGGUAACAUGAAACCAUGGCUUGAUAUUGCAAUGACUCAAUUCAAACCACUUUGGUCUAAGUAUGUCGAUUACGAGUUAGACUUUGUUCAGUCCUGCAAUUUUGGUAUCUAAAAAUGGUUAAGUUUCUUCGCGUGUGAUGGUGAUGAUGUGUCGUGUACCCGCCGCAGCUGUUAUUUUAUGGUUAUUUUUUAAAAUAUAUAUAUUGCCUUAUACAUUUUUAGCUGAGAUUCUAGUUUUGCAAGAAAAAUUCUUGCUUUUUUAUCUAAUUGUAAAAUACUUUAGUAUAGUAAUUAGAACAUGUCUUCCUCUUAUUUAUUCAUAUUAUAAUGUGUAAUCAAUAAUUGUUAUGUUGAAGUUGUCAUUGAUCUUGAACAUUA